GUGAAUGAAAGCGGCAAUUGCUCAGCGAAGAAGUGCCUGGAUAACCAGAACGGCGGGGUGUUCGUGGGUGAAUGAACAACGGAGUGAAACAGACGAGAGAGCAGCACGGCAGUACUGAUGAGAAUGAGCGCUGGCAGGUUCACCCGCUGUCGCUGUGCGUGAGCACCGAGGACGAGGAGCUGCUGGACUAUGGCUGGGUCGGCGUGGUCAAGCUGGACAGCCCUGAGCUCAACAUCCACCCCUGCCUGGACGUCCUCGGCAAGACAAACCUCGCCGAGCGACGCAACAAAGACCAGAGCGCUCGGAGAAAAGGCUCGAAAAGAGAUGACUUCGCCAACAGCAAGAACAAUCUCUACGAAUUUGUGAGCGGAUAUACCUAGGCCCCCCCCCCCCUCUUCUUUCCACCUGUCACUCACCUGUCACUCACCAACCUGCAUCGACCAGACGGGUGAAGUAUGGUCAAAUGACCCCCGUGACCAGCACAGCAUGGG